AUGGCAGUCGGAAAUAAGCCAUCGGGCACUUAUACGCUGUUCGAUAUCCCCACCAAGGCGCCACGUGUAUGCUGGUCGAUGAACACCUGGAGGACUAGAUUACUUUUAAAUUACAAGGGCCUUGACUACAAGACAGAAUGGGUUGAAUAUCCGAAUAUCAAGUCUCGACUCAACACGCAUGUCUCUCCGAAUGAACAAGGACCCCAAUUUACAGCACCAGCAAUACAAAUGCCCGACGGCACCUACGUGAUGGACUCGUACAAAAUUGCCGAUAUUAUCGAGGAGAAGCACCCAGUCCCAAGCCUGGCUCUGAAUACGCCCAUGCAGCUCAGAUUUAGGGAUAGCCUCGUAAAAUUUAUGGGAAAGCUUCAUCCAAUCUAUAUUCCAAGUGUAGCGAAUCAACUUCUCAGCGAGGAGAGUCUUGAGUAUUUUCUCACCACGCGCCAGAAAGACGUCGGCAUGCCGCUAGAUGAGUUUAAGAAGCAGCAUGGUCCAGGAGCAUUCGAAAGAUGUGAGCCUUUUGCGCGCGAGAUAACGGCUCUACUGAACGAGUCUUCAUCGGGGCCCUACUUUUUGGGUGACACUAUCAGCUACACCGAUCUUAUAUGGGCAGGCAUUUUGCUUUUCUUCAAGCGCCUUGGCACUGAGGUAUACCAGGAAGUGCUUAGAGUUACUGGGGAUGCUGGAGCGCAUACCAGAUUUUUGGAUGCUUUGAGCCCGUGGACAGAGAGAGAUGAUUAG